GCGCACUUACAUAAACGAUGUUGUUGCCUAGAAACAUGGAACUUUUACACAAGGUUCGGCGUGAUUAUUAUAAACAUUAUCAAUCGGCAAAAUGUAUAUAAACAUUCAAUAGAAUUUAUAUAACAGAAGUAUUAUUUAUGUACGGGGUGUGUUUCUGUGCAUCAAGGACUUAGAGCUCGGCUAUUCGCGAUCCAUCCAGAUUCCCGAGUACGUAGGCCUAGGCUAGUCGUACUCGUUCGUAGGUAGCUUCGUUUUUUGCCUACGCUACGUCUAGGCUAGGCCUAGGCUAAACUGUAAAGUGAUCGUACGUGUAGCAUUGCAAGCAAGCAAGGAGGAGGCCUGCUGCAGUGGUGGUAUCGGUAGCUGGCCUAGCCUAUCUUAGGUCCAAACCCGAAGGCAGCCUGAUGGCAGACAGCGUCCAGAUCCUGGACCAAAAUUACCGAAGGUGCUCAGGUCAGGUACGGUCUGGGAAGAUUCAUAAAGGUUCUGGAGUCACUGCUGCAUCAUCUUCAAUUCCAAGUAAAUAUCAGACAAUUGUAAUCCCAAACCAUGACAGAAAAGGUUUUGGAUCACAGUCCAAGAGGUUUGGCCACGGCAGAGAUAUAAAUGAAAAUCCUGGUCCAGGAUCCUAUGUAGGCCAUGGUCAGGCAACAUCUGAUAAAUCCUCAUAUUCUAAGAAAGGUUAUGGAGUUGGUUUUGUGUCAAAGACACAGCGCAACGUUCGGCACAAGGGCACACCAGGACCAGGAGCAGCUGCUUACUCCUUGCCUAGCCUGCUGUCUACCAGGAAUGACUUCAACAAAACUGUCACCACUAGUAGCUUUCAGAAACGCAUAGCAGUCCCCACAGAAGAUAAAGCAUCUUCAAACCCUGCACCAAAUAAAUAUGAUAUCUCAAAUCAAAAUAACAAGAAACACUAUGGAAGCCAGGUGCAAGCAUCAUUCCGGUCUACAUCAAAGAGGGUUGAUUACUACAAACCAGCUGGCGACUUCCCAGGCCCAAAUCAGUACAAUGUAAAUGACAGUUUAUUGCAUGAUUCGGUUCGUGCUCCAAACAGCUGCUUCAAGUCCACAACCAUCAGAAAGAUGAACAGCUCUCCAUCUGCAAACCCAGGACCCGGACAUUACAAGCCCCAUGAAGCACCUGAACCAGUUAAUAAGACAUUGAUGCCGAGGAAGCACUACUUAUGUAUUUCAGCCCCAGCAAUGCCCCUGCCCCCUCCAUUGCCAGACCCAGGCCCUGGUAGCUAUCAGUUGGUCAACUAUAAUGGUGAAGAAAAACACUACAUGUCAAGUUCGAUGUUUGUGUCCAACACCAGUAGAUGGACUGGCGAUGAUGUCAAGAAUGCCAACGACCCUGGCCCAGCAAGUUACAGACCCACUCACCAUGCUAACCGACAGUCUUUUCUCUACAAUGCUCAGAAGAAAUGGGUUUUUCCUUAGCUUCCAGAAUGAAUUUGAUAAAAUAAUAGUCUUCUAUUAUUUAAUGAUUUUCUUUUUUCACUCAAAAAUAAUUUAUACAUUUUAUUGCUAUAUAAUAUCUGCAUGUUUUUAUUAUUCAAACAUUUUUAAGAUAAAAUUGUUUCAUCAAUGUUUUCCUACUUUUAAGUGGUGCUUAAAAUAUAUUAAUAUUAAAACAAAAGGGUUAUUAUUUUUAUAAUAAUACCAUUGGUUGAACUUGAUUAUGGUUCUUAAAACAAAACCACUGGUGCUUUGGACAAAAUAAAUAAAAAAGAAAACAAAUUACCAAGAUAACAUAACAAAACAAACAUUGUUCAAGUAUUUGUGUAAAUAUUUCAAAAUAUGUAUACUGUAUAUGAUUACAUUAAAAGUGUAUCUGAAUUUCAAA